UAAAUUGAAUGCAACAUGAGCCCAGGUUUUACGCUUCCUGUGCGUCUGACGUCACCCCCCUUAGUAACCCUCGGCGGCGUCUCCAGGACAGAAGGCAACAAGAUGGGAUUGCUGUCCAUCCUUCGUAAGCUAAAGAGCACACCAGACCAGGAGGUUAGGAUACUGCUACUGGGUCUGGACAAUGGUGGGAAGACCACCCUGCUCAAGCAGUUGGCAUCUGAAGACAUUAGCCACAUCACCCCCACACAGGGAUUUAACAUUAAGAGCGUACAGUCUCAGGGGUUUAAACUAAACGUCUGGGACAUUGGAGGCCAGCGGAAGAUCAGGCCAUACUGGAGAAACUACUUUGAAAACACUGAUGUGUUGAUUUACGUUAUUGACAGCGCUGACAGGAAGAGGUUUGAGGAAACGGGUCAGGAGCUGGCUGAGCUGUUGGAUGAGGAGAAACUGAGCGGCGUCCCUGUGCUGAUCUUUGCAAACAAGCAGGACCUCCUGACAGCAGCUCCGGCCUCUGAAAUAGCAGAGGGGCUCAAUCUGCACACCAUCCGGGAUCGCAUGUGGCAGAUCCAGUCCUGCUCUGCCCUCACUGGUGAGGGUAUCCAGGAGGGAAUGAAUUGGGUCUGUAAGAGCGUCAAUUCAAAGAAAAAGUAGCUUUGCUUCUAGUUUUCUACUUCUCAGGAGGAGCAGCAUACACAAACACACACUGACAUAUUGCACCUCCUGAGCCUUAGUAUGAUGGGAUUUACCUGUGAAUGUACACACACUACUAAUCCAACGUGGACUUUUUUAACCCCCUGCAUCGCUGAUGUUUGCUAAUCUCAGCACAUCUUCCUAUAAUGACCUCUACAAAGAGGAGAGGUGUUUGCCUUCGAAGGGAACCCAUGCCAGGAAACCAACCCCCUCCAGUCUUCUGUUCCUCCAUGUCACCAUCACCGUCCCAGUCAGUGGCUGCCACCAUCUGCAGCCUGUCCCAGCUUCAAACAUUUCCAUUAAACUGCUGUCUUUCACAGGAAUUCCAAUUGGUCCUUUAAGCUUUUUCACACGCUGUCCUGGAAACCAGACCCCUCACUUCCUCCCCCUUCAAUAUCCAUCUCAAUCUUAAGUUUUUUUGGUUGUUUUUUUCUUUAAAUCAUUCCACUAUGGCUGUAAGCGCUUCUCCUGCUAUCUCUCUGUUUGAAGUGAAGUAUAUUUUUGUAAUUAUUUUAUUUAUGGUGAAGUAGAGUGCUUUAAAACAACUGCUUGUGUGGUGAGUGCAUGUGAGUGAGAAUUGUUUCAACACUCCCCACUAAAGAAUAAUACUGUAAGUGUUAAUAUGUAUAAAAAAAAAGUAAAAUCAAAAGGAUAAAGACAACAUUUUGGAUCAACUGUAAAUAGCACGGCCCUGUGUUAGAAAAUUUGUCACCCUGCUGUACUUUGUAGUAUGUAAUGUUUGCAUAUCUAAUAUGUGCUGGCAGAUUUUUUAACAGAGGUACUGUAUGUCCAUUUGCAUUUCUAUGUAAUCUGUCCAGAGUUUAAGACGAUGUAUGUGAAUAAAAACAUCAAGUAUUUAAAAGAAAUUGUCAAAUUAA